AAAAAGUUCUCUCCCGAGUCGGUAGAGUUUUUCCUCUUUUUUUGAGACUCCUUCUCACCUAUUGUGUGAAGUUUUGCCCUUGGAUUUUCCGUUUGGCCGCCGAUCCUAGCUAUGGCUAGGGUCAGUGGUUGCACUUUUCUUUUUCUUUUUGCUCUUCCUUCCCUUCUUUUCUGUUACAGUUCUUCCCCUGCUAUCCUCCAUGAUCAGCGUGACCUAUGCAUCCAUUAUUCCUACUCAAUUAUUUCCUCAGAUCCAUCCAAUCCCUCCCUCCAUCUUCAUGUCCCUCAUACAUCCACCAUAAAUCCGAUCUCUUUUCUUUUCGAUUUGGCUCCAUCCUUCAUCAAUUUAUCCCUAUAUUCGGUCUGCAGUCACUGUUCACCGUGGUCUGUCACGGUCCAUCGAGAAGGUGUGUCGAGCUCCGAUUUGCAUAUCGGCUCGGGUGUUCGUACCACCUCCUUCUCCUGGUCUGCCUUUAUUGGUAGUGUUGCUUGUGGGUUUCUCACAGGCUUCUUUGUUUUUGGCUCCUUGGUGGCUGAGUUCAGUGCGGGUUUCGUUGAUGGAUCCUGGGGUCUUCCCUCCUCUCAUCUAUGAGGUGUUGAUUGAAAGGAACUUUGGCGUACGUUGGUGUACCUGGUUCCUGCUAUCCGUGCGGUGCUGCAGAGGCGGCUGUAGCAGAGGGAUAGGGUUCUCUUUUGGUGUGUCUGUGUUGUUGGGCUUUAGCCUUUGCUUCGGCCUUUUGUGUAUAUUAGCUCCUUGUACUUUAUUGGCCUUUGCCUGGAAUGAUAUUUCUAGUUUACCAAAAAAAUAAAACAUCGUAACGUUCAGACAAAUAAAAAAUGUAAGGUAAGAAAUUGACUAAACAAGGAAACCGACUUGACUGUGCGCGGAGUGAGAAAUUUUAACCAUUGUCCGUAGGAGGGAACUGGAUUUUAUACCAUGCAUGUUUCAUGUUUGGCGAUGGAAGCAAAGCUGCUGCUACCGGAUCCGCCCUUAUUUUCCUCAAUCCUUCUUCCCAUCCCCAUUCCUAUCCCAUUCCCCCCGCCUACUCUCCUCCAAUCCCCCAAUCCCAUUCCCGCCUCACUCUGACUACACCACCGUUCACACCCUCCAAAUCCAAUCCCAUUCCCACACCUAACCAAAUGGACGACCCAAAUCCCACCCUUUUCAUCACCGGCGGCCUGUUCUUGGAACCCACGGUUCCCAAUUCCCUGCUCAAUUCCGUCGUGUCCUUUCAGAAGAACUCUCGGUCUUCGGCUGUCGUUUCCGGCUCGGGUUUGUCGUACGGUUGUAGGCUGAGAGCGGUGGCCGGCGGUGGGUUCUUUUCGGUGAGCUUGAGUAGCGAUGGGGUUGUUCGGGAGUCCAAAGGGUGUUUGGUGCAGAACGGAGAUGAGGGUUCGGAGGAGGCGGAGGUGGAGGCGGCGGUUACAGAGAGGAAGAGAGAGAAAGUUGGGGUUAGGAGUGGUGGGGCCAUGAAUACCACCAAGCAUUUGUGGGCUGGUGCGAUAGCCGCCAUGGUUUCCAGAACUUUUGUGGCACCUCUUGAGAGACUAAAGCUGGAGUACAUAGUUCGCGGCGAACAGAGGCAUUUAUUUGAGCUAGUUAGGACCAUUGCGGCGAAUCAGGGCUUGAGGGGCUUUUGGAAGGGGAACCUAGUCAAUAUUCUUCGUACAGCUCCAUUUAAAGCAAUCAAUUUCUAUGCUUAUGAUACUUACAGAAAACAAUUGCUCUGCUUCUCCGGAAAUAAGGAGACUACAAAUUUUGAAAGAUUUGUUGCUGGUGCUGCAGCCGGAAUUACUGCUACCAUACUCUGCUUACCUCUUGAUACGAUUCGGACUCAGUUGGUGGCUCCUGGUGGGGAAGCCUUGGGUGGUGUGAUUGGUGCUUUUCGCCACAUGAUCCAAACUGAAGGGUUCUUUUCCCUUUAUAAGGGCUUAGUACCCUCCAUUGCAAGCAUGGCACCUUCAGGUGCAGUUUUCUAUGGUGUCUACGAUAUAUUAAAAUCAGCAUACCUGCAUUCACCUGAUGGAAGGAAAAGAAUUCACAAGAUGAGCCAACAGGGGCAGGGCUGGAGUGCUUUGGAUCAACUGGAGUUGGGACCGAUGCGGACGUUACUAUAUGGAGCUAUUUCUGGUGCUUGUGCAGAAGCUGCCACAUAUCCGUUUGAAGUGGUGAGGCGACAGCUUCAACUACAAGUCCAGGAAACUAGAAUGAGUGCCUUGGCAACUGGUAUUAAAAUAGUUGAACAUGGAGGCGUCCCAGCUCUCUAUGCAGGACUUAUUCCCAGCUUGUUACAGGUACUUCCUUCAGCUGCAAUAAGUUACUUCGUCUAUGAGUUUAUGAAGAUUGUUCUCAAGGUAGAAUGAAGAGAUACAAUGGGUAUGUCUGAAGGUAUAUGAUUGGAGGUUUCAUGGCAAGCUCGGAGGAGCACUUGCUAUAAAUUCAGAAUGGUAGGAUUAUAGUGAUUUUUGCAUUGAGUAAUGCUAGUGAAAUCAUCAAUUUAAACCGUAUGACGUGGUUGUUGAUUAUCGGAUUAUUAUUAAGUGUUGAUUAACGAGCUUAUACCCUAUUGGUGCCACUGACAGACACAUCACAUGGUUUGCAAAUAUGGUCUAAAAAAUGGGUCCACCUAGGAUUACUCUUUUGCAUUACCACUUAUGUUCCCACAAGCUUCAUGUAUUGCGGAAGGAAGGAAAAUACUCCAUAGCUGAA